AUGGGAAUCAAGGACAACCGCAUGAUGAUGCGCGGUCCGCAGCGGGCCCCGCGAACAGUCAUCGACCGCGCAUUGGUCAUUCUCGUCGCGCUGAUGUGGAUCGCGGUGGCGCUGACGUGGCAAGCGGCCCGCUGGAACAUCCAGAAAGCGCAAAAGGAGGCUUCCAACCCGGACCAGCGCGCGCAAGCGCAGAAGGGCGACUGGUGGGAAGAAUCCAUGGCUGGAAAGCAGAAGGCGAAAGAAGUGGCAGCGGCGAAAGCAGCAGCGGCUAAGGAAGCCGGGUAUGACAGCCAGAUUACGAUCGGCAGGAGUGGAAGGGAGUACGGCGGGGUUAACAGCGGUGAGGGGGGUUCGCGGUAUGCUGCGCGCGCAACCGUGGGUGGGGAUUUGGGGGACCGGCUGUCGCUCGGGGGGGAUGAGUUGGAAGAUUAUGCUCGGUUUGACACGAGCGGUAUCAAGGGGUUGGAGGAGGUGAGGGAGGAGGUUAAGGGGCGGCAUCUGGUGUUUGCAUUUGAGGAGGAAGUGAGCAGUGAUGACGUGGCGCCUGCUAGUGUUAUCAGCAGGUAUGGUGGCAUUCUAGGGCUUGAAUGUUGA